ACACUCAUUCUUAGAAAUGGUUCAUUCCUUUUCAGUUCUUCUCGUCCUUGGGACACUCUUCUACUACUCUCAAGCUCAAAACGCAGCUCAAGAAGUAAAAACACAAGUACCAAAAUGUAACCUUUGGCAAGGAAAAUGUCCACCAGGAUGGAAAACUUUCAUUCGACCACCAGGUGUCCGUAUUUGCCUUAAAAUCAUAAAUCAAAAUGCCACUUAUCUGGAAGCUCAGAAUAUUUGCCGUAAGCAGUACAACUCAAGAAUUCAUGGAAUCGAAAACAAAGAAGAACACAACUGGGUGAAAAUGAAAUCAAGGCUGGUUAUUAAACAGGGUGCUUCAUUCAUGUGGGUCGGAGCUCGUCGGAAGUCGUGGUGUUACAAAACCGAAGCUCAAUUAAAGACUGAUGACAAAUGCAAGAGUGGUCUGAAUAGUUUUGAAUGGGAUGAUCAACUGACUGAUGGAUCAUAUCUGUUCACUCAAUGGGAUAAGACUAUUUCUGCUCCAGAAGGAAUUAUGAGUAACAAUGCUCCAGAAGACUGCGUUGUGAUGAAUGUUCAUGAAGGAGAUGCACCUAUUGAUGACAAAGAUUGCUCACUUCCUCAAGCUGGAGUCCUCUGUGGAAUGACUGCAUAAUUUGAAAUUUGUGAUUUUUUUUCUGGCUGGGCAAUAAAAUUUUAUAUU